GCUACUUGCCCCUGCUGCAAGUGUGUGUCCGCGGAGUGCAAAUGGCAAAUGGCGUAGGCGAUAGUUAAGUUCAAGUUUUAGCAAUAUUUUAUUAGAAUGCCAAUGCCAAAUAGUUAAUUCUUAGUUGUUUAAUUCAAUUUUUUUUUGUUCGUAAACUCUGUGCAAUAAAUUAGCCAAAGAAAACAAAAACCAAGUUCGCAACUAAUUUUCGCUUGUUAAACGCUAACGGUACGGUGUACGGUCUCCUCGGUACGGUACGGUUGCCUGCUGCCUACGCAGCUCGUUUUUACAGAGGUGUAUAUAUAUACAAAGAUAUCUAUAUAGAGAAGAAAAUAUCGAUUUGACCGCGCCGACGGAAAGAUGCCCGCAAAUAUGGUGGGACUAUUGAAUCCCAUGAAGUAUGGUGAUCAUUUCUACGAGCUGUUUACAAACCAAACACGCAGACGAACCCACAAUGAGAGGAGAACCCUCACCAAGCGCAAAAGCCGCAAGGAGAAGUCAGCGGCAGCGAUGGCGGCCGCAGCUGCCGCCGCCGUGCUGGAUGGGAAUCCUGGCGGCAUUGUGAACCCCCUGGAUCCGCCGCUGGUCAAGGAGCAGCUGUUGAUCAUGCCCUCGUUCCCGGCGGGCCACAUCGAGAUAGAGCCGAACGCCUCCAAGUUUGCCGUCUUCUCGGCCAUUCGCACCGCAGUCCUCGAGGCGGAGACGCGCUACGCCCUGCUGCAGGAGGGCGGCGGUGCCGGCCGGGAGGCUGGCAUGGGCCUGAAAAAGUGGGCCGCCAACCUGGACUCGUCCUGCUGCCUGCUGUGCGCCGCCAGCUGCCUGGCCAGCAACAUUCUGGACUGCACAUGUCACGCUCAAUUGGCGCUCGCUGCCGGUGCGCUCGGCGGUGGCGCAGGGCCCGGCAUAGCGCCGGGCGGCGCUGCCAUCGCUGGCCUCAUCGGUGUGGUGAUCGGACCCGGCGGACCGGGUGGCUCCAGCGACAAGCGCAACCGGCGCGACAGCGCCAACAGCGACGCGGACUCGGACACCGAGGAGCCCACCGAACGGGAGCCCGUCUAUGCCACCGUUCCGCUCAUCGUGGGCGCCGGCCUGCGCAGUCUGUUCGAGCUGAUCGCCGACGCCCGCCACAUCCAGCCGCUGCUCUGCACCAAGGCGCUCAAGGCCCUGCUCGACGUUAUCCAGGGCCAGCAGCCCGAGUCCUUCAAGAUGGAACCGGAGGAGCUGAUCAAUCCGCUGUACGACCUGCUGCUCGAUCUGGCCACCAUGCCGGCGGCGCUCAACUCCACGACUGGCGCUGAGGCCAACUGGUCGGCCAUGGCCUGUGCCGCUCUCCUGGGCCUGUGCAUUGCCCGGGGGGACACGGGCAAGAUGCUCAAAGCGAUUGCCGCCAUGCUCAUGUCACCGCGCCAGCUCUCGGCACAGAUUGUCCAGCUGCCGGCAGUGCUGGCCGCCCUGCAGCACACGGUGAUCAGUGCGGCGCUGAACAAGCCCACACGGCCGGACUUUCAUAGCCACGGAGUGCCGCACAAUUCGCUAAUCGAUGAGUUCCCCUUGAAGCUGCCCGAGGUGGGGCCCGCUGGGCCCGAAACGGCCCCGGCCAUGGCCUGCGACGGCGUCUUCCUGUAUCUGCUGUACGAUGGAUAUCUGCUGAAGAUCGGCACUGGCUUCGGGGGCUCCUACAAGGGGCAUGUGUACGCGCAGAACGAUGACUUUACGCGCGAGCGAAACGCCUGGCUGGGCUACAGCGCGGGGCACUUGUAUUUCAGGAGGAACUGUCGCCGCAACACGGGCGAUCAGCUGCAGCUGGUGGGCCUCGACACGCUGGCCCUCAAGUCGAUGAGUCCCCUGAACAUGCUGCCCAUGCGCGAGGGCAUCAACUAUGUGCUCUUCACCGACGACGACUCACUGCAUGCCAUCUGCAGCAACCGCGACGAUACGCUGGUGGUGAAGAAGCUGAAUCUGUACCACAACAGCUACAGCAGCGAGCCGCAGCCGUUCGAGCUGCCGCUGCAGCUGGCACGCAAGAAAUUCCGCACUCUGGGCUACGCGGCCUUCGAGGACGAUCUGCUCAACCAGCAUCAGGUGCAGCGCAUUCAGUCGUCGCACAACAGCUUCGAGCCCAAGCUGCCGGCCACCUGCCGCGACGCGGAUGUCGAUGUGCUGGGCAUGGCCUGCGGCAAGGAGUUCGGCCUGGUGCGGGCCAGCAACGGACGCGUCUACUACUACGGCAAGUCGACGGCGCUGGGCCUCAAGUGCGUGGGUCGCACGCCCUCGCUGAAGCUCACCGAACUGAUCAUAUCGAAGGCGGCGCACAUUGUCCAUGUGGCCGUCGGGCACGAUGGCAUCCAUGCGCUGCUGGUGAACGACGAUGGGACCGUCUUCUUUGCCGGCACGGCACGACGCGGCGAGGAUGGGGACACCAGCAAGAACCGGCGCCAGCCGAAGGCCGUCAAGCCCAAAAAGAUGACCAAAAUCGAUGGCCACGUGGUGGUGCAUGCCGCCUGCAACAAUGGCACCUCGGCCUUCGUCACCAAGGCGGGCAAGCUGAUCAUGUACGGCAAGGACACGGCCCACUGCGAUGCCAUGGGCUUUGUCACCGAGCUGCUGGACCAGCACAUCACCAAAGUGGCGCUGGGCAAGGCCCAUUGCGUGGCCCUCAAUGCCAAGGGGCAGCUCUUCUCGUUCGGCCUCAACAACAAGGGCCAGUGCGGACGCAUAUUCAACAAGCUGCAGCCCGUCAAGGAUGUGGCCUCCUCCUCCUCGGCCGCCUCCUGCUUUGCCGCCCUGCUGCCGCCCGACAAGCGCUACAAGUUGGACCUCUCCGCCCUGUGCGACUACGACGAUCACAGCCUGGUGCAGGGCCAGUGCCGCGUUUGCAUUGUCUGCCGCGAGUGCACAGGCUACAAUGUCAGCUGCGUCUCGGCGCUGAAUGUGCCGCUCGAACAGCGGCUGGCGGGCAGCAUUUGCCCCUGUGGACACGGCGAUGCGGGCUGUGCCAAGUGCGGUCUGUGCGCCACGUGCAUUGCCCUGCAGGAUAACGAUAAUGAUGCCAAUCGGGAGCUCAAGUCUCUGUCCACCGAGGUGCAGCAGCGACAGCAGCGCUCGAAGACGCUGCUCAUGCGACGCAAGGAGAAGAAACCCUGCGAGCUGGAGACAGGCGCCGCUGGCGGUGGCGCCGCAACACCCACCGACCUGGACAAGGAUCCACCGCGUGUGGCCCCACUGGCACCGCAGCUGCUGCAGCUGCCCAGCGCCUCGCCGGUGGUGCAAGUGGCCUGCGGCCUCCAUCACACCGUCGUGCUGACGCUGGCCGGCGAGGUCUACACCUUUGGCAGCAAUCAGUACGGACAGCUGGGCAGCGGCGACCUGCAGCCGGUCAGUGGUCCGGUGCGGGUGCAAGUGCAAGGCGCCAUCAGCCAGGUGGCCGCCGGCAGCAACCAUUCGGUGCUGCUGACCCACAAGGGAAUGGUCUACACAUUUGGCAACUACCAGAAGGGACAGCUGGGCCGUUUGCCCAGCGAUUUUGGGCCCAAUGUGGACAAGGGCCAGAGACCAGGCCAGAGUCCAGGCCAGCCGCCGGAUGAGGAGCCCAGCAGCACAGCUGCCUCGAGUGCAGCCGGUGCCAGUGAUGCUCCAGCUGCUGCUGCUCCUCCGGAGAGCAGUGUGCUGCCCAGCUGCAGCAAGGAGCUGCCACCAUUGAUGCCCAAUUUCGCCUGUCCCGUGCUGACGCAGAGGCAAAAGUUUCUCUGGAACUGCUCCCCGGCAGCUGUAUUCGGCCUGGGUCCCAGUUUCGGCAAGAAAGUCACGUGGAUCGGCGCCAAUGGGGAUCAGACAUUUAUCAAAAUCGACGAGUCGCUGAUCACCGCCCAAAUGCUGCCCAAAAUGCAUGUGGUGGCCAACAGGAAGACCAUUUUGCUUGUGCCCAGCAUACCGCUGUCCUUUCACACCUUGUCCAUCAACAGGCGCGAUGGCAGCUGCACGGCGCAUUAUCGCGGCCAGAGCAACUUUAUUCAGCUGAUGCAGGCGCAGCCACAGCCACAGCCACAGUCGCAGCCACAGCCGCAGGAUGCGGCGACACCUGUGAUGGCCUCACCAGCGCUGGCAGAGCCCGUGGCGCAUGCCUCGUCCUCGCUGCUGACUGCACUGGCGGGCACGGCCACCGCUGGCGUGCCGAUCAACGAGCAGAUGUCGCGCAGCAUGCACGAGGCACGCAAUCAGAUCUUCGAGGAGCCCGAGGAGCGCGGUGUGGCCGUGGUGGCCUCCGGCAGCGGCGGCUGCAUACCGCGCCCGCGUCGAUUUCUGCGCCAGCGACUCGAAAUGGGUGCGCCCGGUUCGCCGUCCGAGCAGCUGCAAUCUCCGCAGCAGCUGGCCUUUGCCAUGGAUCCCAGCUACAAUGUGUUGUGGGUCUUUGAUGGCGUCUCGCGGCGCAUUCGUUGCCACAAUGUGGUGGCCAGCGACAUAGCCGAAAGCGAUGAGAAUGCGGCCAACUACAGGGCGCUGCUCUCGCCGGAGUUGUCGCUGCCGAUAAAGGCGGAGGCGCGCGUCUCGCGCUCGCAGGGAUCCCUCAAUCUGCUCGCCUGCCUGGACAUACUCACCUCCGCGCAGGACAACAUACCGUACUGCUUCGAGCAGACGCUGCCCAAGGCCAUACACCCCGCAACGGAGACGCCGGGCGGCGACUAUCAGGUGGUGAAUCGCUUCGACAACUUCGGCGGCGGCUGGGGCUACUCCGGACACAGCGUGGAGGCCAUACGCUUCGCCUCGGACACGGACAUUGUGCUGUGCGGCUUCGGGAUGUUCGGCGGACGCGGCGAGUACAGCUGCAAGGUGAAGCUCUUCGACUUGGGCACCGACGGCGGCGGCUACGAGAAGGAGGGCGUCCUCCUCAGCGAGACCAAGGAGGUGCCGUACGAGUGCGCCGCCCGCAGCAAGCACCACAUUCUGCUGCCCAAGCCGGUGAGUGCGGCAGCGGGACGCUGGUAUCUGGUCUGGGCACGCAUCGCGGGACCCUCCUCGGACUGUGGCUCGUGCGGUCAGGCGUCGGUCACCACCGAGGACCAGGUGGUGUUCUCCUUCAAGUCCAGCAAGAAGGCCAACAACGGCACCGACGUCAACUCGGGCCAGAUACCCGCCAUUCUGUACCGCCUGGUCACCCAGGACUGCAAGCAGACGCCCGCGCCCAUGGACGCCGAUCCCGUGCAGCGCAUAUCGCGCGCCUUUGCCAACAGCGUCAGCCGCGAGUGCUUCGAGAGUCUGGUCGUGCUGCUCAGCUGGUCCUGGGAGAGCUUCAAGACGCAGCUGCGCGAGCAGAGCGAUCGCUCGCGGCCCCUGCAGCUGCAGCAGUCGCUGCAGUAUCUCGGCUACGUGAACAAGUCCUGUCUGCGCCUGCUGCGCAAGUACACCAACGAGAUAUACCCACAGCGAGCGAGCAAUGCGACAGGUGGGAACGCUGGUCGCAGCACCAAGAGCGGCUCCUCUGGCCCAUCCGGCAGUGCUGCUGGUGGCAGCAUGGUGGCCGCUGCUCUAUCCAAACUGGAGUCCAAGUCAAGCAAAGACAAACAUGUGCCCCGCGUUGUGCCCAAUCCCAUAACAGUGUCCAAAUACUUCGGCGAACAUGCGUCGACAUCGGGCGCUGGUGGAUCGAGAGGCGGUGGCGCUGACACUUGCACGGCCGCUGGCACAGGCACGCCGGUCACACGGAAAGCGAAUCUCGAGAACAUCCAACUGGCCGAGUGCGUGGGCAAUGUGCGAGCGCUGCUCAUUGGCAUCUUCUGUGACGACAUCUUCAAGGACAUAGCCACAGAUGAAGGCUAUGCCUUGACGCUGGAGAUCCUGGAGGAGUGCCAUCUGAGCUUUGUCGCCUGCUUCGAUGCCUUCUAUCCGACCUCCUCGCUCAAGUGGAGCUGCCUGUGCGAUCUGCUGGCGCAGAUGGAUCGCGGUGCGCUGCACUCGCGCCUGCUGAGCGCCAUUCUGGCGGGCCUGUGCUCGCCCACGGUGAAGCUGCGGGCCACCUUCUCGCUGCUGAGUGCGCCCGGCAACGAUCGCCAGUCGAUCAUCAGUCCCAGCGACAACUCGGGCCUGCCCAUGCUCUCCUCCACGGACGCGCAUCAGUAUCCCAUACUGGUCGAGCAGAUGAUCUACCGCACGCAGCAGGAGAAGAGCGACUUUCUGAUCAGCUCGUGGACGUUCAAGGACGUGCUGGUGCGGCUGCUGGACAUCAUUGCCAGCCCCAUACGGCAGCGCAUCGAGUCGAUAUACAGCCGCAGCCUGGAGGGCAGCUACCCGGGCAAGGAGUGGAUCAAUCAGGGCCUCAUCGACAACUGCUGCCACCUGCUGGCCCGCGUCCUCGCCGAGAUCGUCUACCAGACGGCCAUGGGCGAGUACGACAAGCUGUUUCUGCCGCCGCGCACACUGCACUCGACGGGCGCCCGGUUCGCCCGCUGCGACCUGAGUCGCACCUGGAACACGGGCAACUUUGGCCCCGAUGCCAUUGCCUUCUCGGUGGAUCGGUCGGGCAUCGCCAUAGCCGGCGCCAUGGUCUACACGGGCUCGGGCAGCUACGACUACCAGCUGGAGCUGCUCUUCGACAACACGGUGGACCUGCAGCCGCAGCACAAAUGGGAGACGCUCGAGUCGGUGUCGGGCAGCUACGACCAGGAGGCGGUGCACAACGAUCUGGCGGAGAUCAAGUUCGAGCAUCCCGUGCAAAUCAAGGAGCAUGCCCGCUACGCCCUGCGCCUCUGCUCCCAGGGGGCACGCACCUGCUCCGGCGACUCGGGUCUGCCCACAGUGCGCGGUCCGUGCGGCACAAACUUCCACUUCUAUGCCUGCGACCUGAGCUUCAAUGGCACGACGCCGGCCCGCGGCCAGCUGCCGUGCAUCCUGUACUACAGCACGCCCGUCAAGCUGGAGGCGGGCGUCGUGGGCUCCGGCUCGACGGCCAUGGCAGCGGCCGAUGCUGCCAGCAUGCUGGCUGCCAGCAGCCAACUGAUUGCCCACGAGGUCUCCACGCGGGACACGGCGCUGCAGAUCGCCUCGGACAUAACCAAGAAGUGCACCGAGCUGCUGAUUAUGGCACGCAAUGCGAUGGCCGCCUCCUGCUCGCCCUCGGACAACAGCAGCUCCAACUCGAAUCACACGCAGACCAUCGACUCGGAGCACAACAUAACGCCCAUCGAGGAGCACAUGGACAUUAACUGGGCCAACAACUCACGCACUGCGGCCCAGCCACAGCCGCAGCCACAGCCGCAGUCACAGCAGCCGGCCAGCUCGGCAGGGGCAGGGCCAGGGGCAGGGGCAGCGGCAGCGGCAGGAGCAGCAGCAGAUCCGCAGAACUCCACCGCCCGAGAUCUGGGCAGACGGAUUGAGUCCUUUUCGAAGGGCAUCAUGCAAACGCUGACAUUUGACAAGCGCUCAACGAAUCCGUUCGAAAUGGAAAUCGAAAUGGGUGCCACCGAGAUCGGGGAGGAGGAUUCCGACGAUCUGGCCAAUGGGCAAAUACCCAGCCAGAGCCAUGGACAGGGACAGGGACAGGGACAGCUGCAGAGCGUUGUGCCCAUCAAUGGCAAUGAGCGUGUGGACUUUGAGGUGGCCGAGCAGCCAGUGCCGACAGCAGCGCCCCAGGAGGAGAUGCCACAAGUGUCACAGUUCGCGCAGCAGCAGCAGCAGCAAUCGCUGCUGGUGCACUCGGACUCGGAGGAGGCGGCGGCGGCCAUCGAUGCUGCGGCUGGAGCUGGAUGCAGUGGCUUUGCUGGCGUAGGAGCAGCAGCCUCUGUGCUGGGUGAAGCGGCGCGAGGCGUGCCGGCAGGUGGUGGCUGCCCCGUGGCCGCUCUGCAGCUGCUGGAGGUCUUCAAUCUGUCCGCCUCGAACAUGUUCCACACGCUGCUGCCGCUGGUCUACGCUCACAUGUCCAAUUUGGCCUGCAGCGAUCCCAAGAGCUCCGUGCAGAUACUCGGCUUGAUCAAGGAGAUUCUGCCACACAUUGCGGCGCUCAACCAACUGCACGUGUCCAAGGAGCAGCGCCAGCCAGAGGCAGCAGCAGCAGCAGCAGCUGCCAGUUUUCCUCAUCCGCCCGAGGCGGCUCCAGCAGAACAGGCAGAGGUUGGAGCAGGAGCACCUCCAGCAGCUGGCAGCUACAGUUCCAGCCACUCUGGUGGCUCCAGCAGCACCACCAGCAAUCACUACUGCAUGGUGGAGAGCGAGCAUCCGUAUCGCAGUGCCAGCAUCAGUUGCUACCGCGUCGAGUUUCCGCCCUGCGUCCAGUGGAUGACCAUCGAGUUUGAUGGCCAAUCGGGCACCGCCCAGCUGGAGGACUAUCUGCUGCUGUCCAUACCCAUGCGACCGGCCGAGCAGGCGGGCGAGCCCGCCGCCACCCAAACGGACGACUACUACGAUAUGCUGGACAAUAAUCUGCCCAGUGCGACGACGGACACACGCAGGACAGUGAUACCCACGGCAGCGGAGAUGGCUGGGGCAGCGGCCAACAAAACUCGCUCCGCAAAUGCUCAGCUGCUGAUGGCCAGCUGUUGCCGCACUCCAGGCACAGCGACUGGUGGCAGUGGAUCCUCCUCCCUGCUGCGGGCCCAAGACGCCAGUGACAGGGAAUGGAUUGUGGUGAAGAAGUUUAACACCGCUUCCAAUUGGCUGAUGAGUGUUCUGGUUGUGCCCGGAAACUGUGUGGAGUUUUCGCUGGAGACAUCCUCGCUGUAUGCCCAGGAUCCGCACAACAAUCGCUAUGGCUUCAAGUGCCUGGUGGUGGGCUAUGACAAUCCCACGGCUAUUAAUGGCAGCAAUUCGUGCUUGAUACGAUUGGAGCAGGAGCUGUCCUAUUUGGGCGGCAUGUGCUGUGCCAAUCUCAUGAAGAAGGAGCUCAAUAUGCCAGAGGACAAGGAUGUUGAGGACAUGAGUGGCGUUGAGGAGACGAUUAUGGCGCAUCAUUCGCUGCUUUCCAAGGGAUUUGCACUCUCCGAUCCACAUCUGAAUGUACAUCAAGCGCUGGAACCAUAUCUGCCCAUUGGCUCACAAUCCAAUGAACGGCAAUUCCUUAAGGACUUUAUCAGCGGUGCACCUGGCUCCUCGGGUGCCCGACUGGCGGCCUGGCUGCAGCCAGAGUCCCGCCUGGAUCCCAACAAAUGCGAAAUGAAUCCCAUCACGGAGCCACUGCGCUACGGCUGGCCCACCCAGGUGACCAUCACCAUCAGGGACCAGUAUGGGGACGCUGUGCUCGUGCCCGAGCUGAAGGUGGAGAUCAAGGCCAUACCGACGGGCCCGGGUCCCCAUGGACCGGGCGGUGUCGGGGGCGCCAAUAUACUGCGCAUGCGUCGCGCCUCCUGCGCCACGUCGGCGACGGACGCGUGCCUGGGCGGUGUGGCGCCGCCGCCGCGCUUCAACUACGAGGUGACCACCAAGGAGCGGAUGUGCUUCAAGGCCAUCACCUUCAUGAAGCCCUUCACGAACUACUCGUUCGAGGAGCUGCGCUACUCCAGCCCCGUCCAGACGCGCACCACGGACACGCUCAGCGCCCGCGACAUGGAGGACGGCACCUUCAGUGUCCAGUGGACGCCCAAUUCCGUUGGCGGCUACUGCCUGGCCGUCAUCAUCGACGGCAUCCAUCUGGAGGAGGUCUACCGCGUCGAGGUCAAGGAGGGAGUCCUGCCGCCGCCCACGCAGCGCAGCAGCGCCACGCGCCGCCCGCAGGCGCCCAGCAAGCUGCGACGCUUUCAGGUGCGCCACAGCGCGGGCCUCCGCAUCCGCUCCCAUCCCACGCUGCAGUCGGAGCAGGUGGGCGUGGUGCGGCUGGGCGGCAUCAUCUCGUUCAUCGACGAGAUCGAGAACGACGACGGCAUCUGGCUGCGCCUGUCCACGGAGUCCAUCCGGCAGCACUGCACCAUGGGCUGGUACCCCACGGAGGCCUGGUGCCUGCAGUUCAACCAGCACCUGGCCAAGGUGCUGCUGCAGCCCGUGCUGGACGCAGGAGGCGGCACCAAGGAUGCCCAGGGAAGCGCUCUGGCGCCAGCCAGUCCCACCGGCGGCUGCAGCGGCGACGCCAGCCCCGAGCCGGAGCCCGAGCACAGUCCCCCACCGAGCCCCGUGCUGCCCAAGUCGCCCGUUGUCCAGCGCCGCUUCCUGGGCGGUCCCGUCAACACGAAUCCCUUCCUCUUCCCCACCAAGCGGGAGCGUCAGCGAGAGCGCGAAAGGGAGCGAGAACGAGAAAUGGAACGGGAACGAGAGCGCGAGCGCGAGAGGGAAAAGGAGCGAGAGCGAGAGCGGGAGGAGCGAGAGCGAGUGCAGCAAAUGGAGCGAGAACCCGACCAGGAUGUGGACGUGGAAGCUGAACUGGAGCCAGAGCUGGCAGGAGCGUCUGCCCCGCCGCCUGUAGCAUUCGAACAGGACAGGGAGAGGGAGCGGGAGAGGGAGCCGGAACUGGCGGGAGCGGCAGCAGCGUCGUCGUCCUCCUCCUCGGCGGUGGCGGCCACGGAGCUUCUGCCCGCCAAUCUCGGCUCUGCCAUUGCCGGUGUGGUCGGUGGCGGCGCCAUCCGGCUGCAGGCCCUGCAAAAAUGGUUCAAAGGCGAUGCCAUCGAGGGUGCCCAGCAUCAGCAUCAGCAUCAGUCCCAUCAUCCAGGACAUGCCCAGGAGCCCGGCCACAUGGAGGCGUCAUUUUCGCAGUCCCCGCCGCAGCACGCGGGUGUCUCUGUGCGGGAAAUGGUGAGGGCCAUGGGCCAGGAGGGACACUCCCCUGGCUCCGGCUCUGGCUCUGGCUCGCCCUGCCCAUCGAUGCGGGGCAAUGGCAAUCGAAGCAGCAGUCAGCCGGAGCAGCAGCAACCAGCAGGAGCAGCAGCAGCAGCAGCAGCAGCCGAGCCAGAGUUCAAUUUGGCCAGCAUGCGGCGACCCAACUACACCGCCAGCCAGACGGCGGCCCUGCUGUCGACGCCCAAGCACACGCCACGUCGGACGGCCGCUGGGGUGGCGGCUGCCGCGGCAGCUGCUGCCGUGCAGGAGGCGGUCUCCGGCCUGGAGGAUGAUCUCAGUCUGCUGCAGAUAACGACCACGACAACGGGCACGGAGCAGCAAAGCGAGCUGCAACUGGCAUCCACAUCGGCAGCAGCCACAGCCGCAGCCACAGCCGCAGCUGCUGGUUCCGCCGUGGCCUCCACGUCGGGUUGCGCGAGCUCCAAGCGCAACGCCAUGGGACCCAUCAAGCGGGCCAUGCCGCCGUCCUUUGCCGAGAGCAUUCGGGCCGUGUUUGCCGCUCUGCUGUGGCACGAGGGCGUCGUCCACGAUGCCAUGGCCUGUGCCAGCUUCCUCAAGUUCCAUCCCGGGCUGCCCAAGGAGGGGGCCACCGUGGUGACGCGCCGCGGCGACUCGGGCGAUGCGCGGCUGCAGCUGUCCCGCGAGCAGAAGGCCCAGCAGCGGCACUCGGUGGAGGUGGCCAAUGCGGGGCACUACCUGAACAUACGGCCCUCCACGCUGGAGACGCUCACCAAGAGCGGCAACAGCUCGCUGCACAAUCGCAGCAAGCAUCGCAAGAACACCUCCCCCGACGAGCAGCAGCAGCAGCAGCAGCAGCAGCAGAAGCUGCAGGCACUGCCGGAGAUGGUCAGCGUGCUGCCGCCGGCGCUGCGGUGCCUGGUGUACCUGUGGGAGCAGAUCUGCUCCGGCUGCGUGCAGAUUGUGCAGACGAAUGGCCUCGAGCAGCCGCGCCAGCCGCGCCUGCUCUCGCCCAUCCACCACGCGGACGGGCACGAGGCCAAGGAGGGCAAGCUGGCAGGUGGCGGCCAGCACAUGGAGCAGGGUGCGGCGGGGGCCGGCGAGAAGGAGGCCAAGAAGACGAAGCGCAAGAAGAAGGACGACGGCAGCUGGUGCGAGAUCUGCGAGCUCUUCCUGCCCAUGCCCGUCACAUAUCACAUGCGGAUCGCCCAUCCGGGCUGCGGCAAGUCCGCCAAGGGCAAGGGCUACAACUCCGUGGGCAUCUUCUGCGAGGGCUGGGCGGGCAACUGCGGCGAGGGUGGCAAGGGUGCCUCCUCCUGGUUCCUCAUGUGCGACACGUGCCGCGACCGCUACCUGGCCAGCUGCCGCAGCACCAACAACAUCAACAGCGUGGCCCGCGGCCAGGAGGCCCACUCCGCAGAGGACAAUGUCCUCAAUCUGUUUGGCGUGCGCUCCACGCUGAUUGCCAAUGCCGAAGUCUACACCACAAUGCGCGAGAAUGCCACGUUCCUGCUCGAGCUGUGCUCCAGCUUCAACAGCAGCAGCAGCAGCAGCAGCAACGUUCUGGCGCGUCGCUCGCCCCAGUCCAUGGCCAUGCCGGUGGUCAUUGAGCAUCAUCAUCACCAUCAUCAUCCGCACCAUCCGUUGGGCGUGGCCGACCUGAAGCCCGGCACCAGCCGCAACAGCCGCAUGGCACGCCUCAGCGGCGGACCCAAGUUCGGCACCGGCGCGGGUGUGGGUGGAGCCUUUCGCAAGAGCUUUGUGGGCGGCCCACCGACUGCCCCGGACAACCUCUGGCUGGCACCCGAGAGCUUUGCGUGCUUGGAGUGCCUGGGCACGGCGGGGCACGAGGAUCCGCCCUACGAGAUGUUUGGCCUGGGACCCAACGACAAUGCCUUCGACAGGCCACUCUCUGAGAUCUCGUACGAGUCGUGCGAUCCCAACAACUACGAUGUGGGUGGCCCCUUGGCAGCGGGCACGAGCGCAGCAGCCGCCGCCGCCGCCGCCGCUGGUGCCGUGUCCAAGUUCCAUCGCAGCUACUCCAUGGGCCAGGGCUGGGCCUCGCUGGUGCAGCAAGCAACACAGGCGCCACAGCAGCAGUUGCCACAGCAGCAGCAGCCACAGGCCCCACAGCAGCAGCAGCAGCAGCAGCAGCAGGAGACGCCGCCAAAGGUUGUCUACCGGCGCAGGAAUAACUUGAGCAGCGAGAGCGAGGGCGCGCGGCUCAUCUGCUACCCGUCGGAGCACCUGCGACGCCUUGUGCCGCACAAGCUGCUGGCCAGCGUCACUGUGCUGCAAACGGCCGCCUCCACCUCGGCCGCGGCAGCAGAGGGAGAGGCCCAGGCCCACAGUCCAGGGCCAGAGCAAGUCUCAGGAGCCGGAGGAGCAGGAGGAGCGGCUGGCAGCUCUCUGCUGUCCCGACCUGCCAUGGCAUUCAUCACGCAGAAGCACGAGCUGGAGCGGCUGCGGGCGGCCAUGCGGCGCAGCCUGAGGAUCUCCGUGUGCCGCAGCUACUCCCUGCAGGCGCUCAACUGGCUGCUGCGCAGCGUCACCCAGGGCGUGUGCCUGCACGACCUGAUGUGGUGGUUCGUCAGCGCGCUGGAGACGGCCGUCACCCAUCUGCCGGAUGGCCGGUACGAGGAGUCGCCGGACAUGGCGCUGGAGCAUCCGGCAGCGUACACACAGAUCAGCGGCCGCUUCGCCCAUCUGAUAACCCAGUCGCUGCACGUCCUGCUGCAGUCUGUGGCCGACCUGACGCUCCACUUGCCGCCGGGCUCGCCGCUGCAGCGCGUGGCCAUCCAGUGCUUUGGCAUACGCUUCCGGCAGGCCGACCAUCAGUUCCUGCACAGCUCCCACGUCUUUGGCAACAUCUCGAAGAUGCUGUCGAAGUCGGACGAGCAGAACGACGCCAUGGCCGUGUCCACGCUGCUCAAGUCCGACUCCCACUGCGACGUCGUCGAGCACAAUCAGUCCAGCGGCGGACCCGGCGGACCCGGCGGCCGGGUCAUCUGCUACACAGAUCUCGCCGGCAUGUUCGACAUUGCCGUGUCGUCGCGGCCGGCGAUGGCCGAGUCCCUCACGGACAACUCCACGGAGACGUUCUGGGAGAGCGACGAGGAGGACCGCAACAAGGUGAAAAUCAUUGAAGUGUCCCUCAUCCGGCUGACAUACGCGUGCCGCUUUCUGCUCGUGCACAUCGACAACAGUCGCGACAUUCAGAACAAAGUCCUCAAUGUCGGCUUCUAUGCGGGCCAGUCGCUGGGCGACACGAACCUCGUGAAGUCGGUGGAUGUGGACUCGAAGGCGUGCACCUGGAUCUCGGCCAAGAUCAGCGACGACAGCUGCACCCACUUCCGGCUGGAGCUGCACGGGCCCGAGAACACGCUGCGCGUGCGCCAGAUCAAGCUGCUGGGCUUGCCCAUCCAGCAGCAGGGACAGCAGGGGCCACAGUUCCAGACCAUUGGCGAGGGCAUGCGCCUCGGCAUGGGCAUGGGCAUGGGCAUGGGCCUGGGCAUGGGCAUGGGUCUGGGCUUGGGCCUGGACGAACCCUUUGGCAGCGAGCCAAAGCCCUACAUGCGGCUCAGUCAUGCCUCCCACAUCCAGCAGCAGAUCUGCGAGGCGGAAACCCUGCGCGUCUUUCGCCUGAUCACCGGCCAGGUGUUUGGCAAGCUCAUCAGCAACGUGAACGCCGUGCGCAGCAGCGAGGAGCCGCCGCCGGAGGUGCCCGGCCCAGCCGGCAGCAGCGGCGGGAGUGCUGCAGGUGCCGGCGGCAGCUCCCUGCUGGCCGACUCCCUCGACCUGCGCGAGCACAUGGUCGGCAUUCUGUUCUCGCGCAGCAAGCUGUCGCAUCUGCAGAAGCAGGUGAUUGUCCACAUUGUGCACGCCAUCCGGCGGGAGGCACUGCGCGCCAAGGAGGACUGGGAGCUGGCCAAUCUCGCGCACGACCUCAGGAAUCCCAUGGAGGCGGCGGCCGCAGCCCUGCCGGGCCCCCCGCUGCCGCAGCAGGCUGGCGCCGGCAGCGGGGAGAGCAGCGCGGAGCGCAGCGUCCGGGCGCCGGACACGUACUGCUUCGAGAUGCUGAGCAUGGUGCUGGCCCUGUCCGGCAGCGUCGUGGGUCGCUCCUAUCUGUCCCAGCAGCACGGCCUGCUGCGCGAUCUGCUGGGACUGCUGCACACCGGCAGCGAUCGCGUGCAGCGCCAGGUGACGGCCCUGCUGCGGCGCAUUCUGCCCGAGAUCUCGCCGGAGAGCUUCGCGGAUCUGUUGGGCGUGCAGCGGCUGCCGCCGGCCGACUACAGCAUUGCGCACCAGAGCGGCAGCGACUUCGACAUGAGUCGUUUGGGGCUGCUGGACAUCUUCCUGGCUGUCAUAGCCAAGUCCCUGCAGCUGCAGGUCAAAGUGAAGACCACAGCGGCCACGGCAGGCAGCAACGGAGGAGGAGGCGGAGGCGGAAACUCGGGCCAAGGCCAGCAGAAGCAGGGACAGCAGGAGAAGACGCCGGCCUUUGUGCGGCUCUGCAGCUCCCUCGAUCUGUCCGUGCAGCAGCUGCGCUCCCGUCCGCCCACAGGCGAGGCCCAAGUGCCGGCCACAUCGGGCGCUGCCGCAGCCGCUGCCGCCGAUCCCUUCCAGUUCGAGCUGGCAGCGCCGCCCAGAAAGGAGUCCAAGCGGAAUCUCAACCAACGUUGGUUCCUCAACGGCGUCAUCUCCACCAAGCAGGCCGAAAGCAUUAUUGGCCUCAUCCGGGAUCUGGCAAGCGGUAAGCUGAGCGAGAAGUGGUCGCAGACGACGAAGGCGGCCAUUGCCGAGUCCGUGUUGAAUCUGACGCGGCUCGAGGAGAUCUAUCGCACGCCGGAGCACUGCACCAAGACGUCCACGUUGUGGCUGGCGCUGGCCAGCCUCUGUGUCCUCGAGCGUGACCACGUGGAGAAGCUGUCGUCGGGGCAGUGGUCCAAGGUGUGCGACACCCGGCCCAUGUGCAGCAAUCACGACGAUGGCGAGACGGCGGCCAUCAUUCAGUGCGAGACAUGCGGCUCCCUUUGCGGCGACUGCGAUCGUUUUCUGCACCUCAAUCGCAAGACUCGGGCGCACAAGCGAACGGUCUGCAAGGAGGAGGAGGAGGCCAUACGCGUGGAGCUGCAUGAGUCGUGCGGCCGUACGAAGCUCUUUUGGCUGCUCGCGCUGGCCGACUCGAAGACGCUCAAGGCCAUGGUGGAGUUCCGCGACGGCAGCCACACGAUCAUUUCGGGGCCGCAGGAGGCGGUGGGCCGAUGCCGCUUCUGCGGCCUCACCGGCAACUCGGGCUUGCUGGAGAUCGGCAAUGUGUGCGCGGAUGCGCAGUGCCAGGAGUAUGCGGCCAAUUCCUGCCUCAAAACGAAACCCUGCGGCCAUGCGUGCGGCGGCGUUGUGGGCGAGGAGAAGUGUCUGCCCUGCCUGCAGCACGUGUGCCAUGCGCGGGAGAACGAGCUGGCCGAGGAGCAGCACGAUCCGAAGCUCACGCAGGACGCGGAUGACAUGUGCAUGAUCUGCUUCGUGGAGGCAGUCUCCUGCGCCCCCUCCAUACACCUGGAGUGUGGACACGUGUUCCACUUUCAUUGCUGCAAGGCGGUGCUGGAGAAGCGCUGGAGCGGACCACGCAUCACGUUUGGCUUCUCGCUGUGCCCCAUCUGCAAGGCGGACAUCCACCACCCGCUGCUGGGCGACAUUCUGCAGCCGAUCAAUGCCCUCAAGCAGGAUGUCAAGCGCAAGGCGCUGAUGCGCAUCAAGUACGAAGGCGUUGUCAAGGACACGGAGAGCAAGGACGCGAAUGUGACGCAGUUGGCCAUGGACCGGUAUGCGUAUUACGUGUGCUUCAAGUGCCAAAAGGCGUACUACGGCGGCGAGGCGCGCUGCGACGCGGAGAUCGGCGAGAAGUUCGAUCCCGAGGAGCUCGUGUGCGGCGGCUGCUCGGAUGUGGCACGCGCCCAGAUGUGCCCCAAGCACGGCACCGACUUCCUCGAGUACAAGUGCCGCUACUGCUGCUCGGUGGCGGUGUUCUUCUGCUUCGGCACGACGCACUUUUGCGACACGUGCCACGACGAUUUCCAGCGGCUGACCAACAUACCGAAGAUCAAGCUGCCGCAGUGCCCAGCCGGCCCGAAGGCCAAGCAGCUGCUGGGCGACGAGUGCCCGCUGCACGUAAUGCAUCCGCCCACCGGCGAGGAGUUCGCCCUGGGCUGUGGCGUCUGCCGCAAUGCCCAAACGUUUUAGCCACGGACCAACACAGAGUCCGAUCCAGAGCCAGACUCGCUCGAGUACGACGACUCGGACGAUGAGCGGGAGGCAGAGUUGCCCGGCUACUGGUGCACUGGCAUGGAGGAUGACUCCCAGACAUAUUUGUAGACGAACUUAACUCGUAUCCAUAAAUGUAGCUGCCCCCCACUCCAGCGUAAUUAGUCAGAUGCUAUUGAUGUCUACAUAUGGGAAUGACAAUUGCAAAACGGAUAUGGAAAUGGAUAUGAAAUGAAAUGAAACAUUAUCCAAGGCAUGCCAAGGGAUGGUCGUAAUCAAACUUAGAAUCAAAACAAACCGAAACAAAUCCCUGAGACUAUUCACCCAUAAAACUAAACGUAUUGAUGUGUACUUAGAUGCUAAAUAUGAAUGAGAAACAUAAACAUAAACAGACGGAACGGAAUGGAACGGAAUGGAGCGGAACAGACAUGGAUAU